UAAUACAAGUGCACCUGCAGCAUUUCUUGCAAACAAGCUGACGCUUUCUUUCCGUCUUGUUGUUGUCACAACCAGUCGGCUGUAUGAUAUUCGCACCAUAUACCUGUGCAAAGUAAUGUGAUGCGCGGCCGCGGGCCGCGCAGGCCCAGGCAAGCAGUCUAGCGGACAGCAAAAUGCCCAGCGACGGGAACGACAGCGAUGUUUCCGCUAUCACGCUCAGCGGUGACGAGGCGGCACCUGCUGCAAAGCCCGCAAGGGCCCCCCCAGCGCGCAGGCCGACGGCUGCGGUGCCAGCGCAGCCCGCAGCAGCAGCUGGCGGUAGCGCCCGCGCGCGGGCGGCAGCAGCAGCAGCCCGGGUGGAAGAGCCGGACGGAGAGGCCGCCGGGGGCGGUGGCAAGAAGCAGAAGAAGAGCAAGGGUAAGGGGCGCGUAGCUUUCCAGCUGCCAGACGAGGAUGAGGGCGGCAGGAGGGGCAGGGACGAGGACGACGACGUCCCGGACUGGAAGGCGCGGCUACGAGCAGCUGCAGCCGCGUCCUACGACGAAGCCGAGGAGGACGGGGUGUAUGAUGACGGCGACGACGGGGACGACGGCGGCAACAUGCCGAACGACGACGGCGCGGUGAAGGAUGAGACCAAGCCGCUGGGCUGGUCCUACUUCCGCAAGCGCGACCCGGGCGAUGGGCCGGUGACAUGGGAGGAGGUGGACACGGGGGAGCUCAAGUUUGUGGCUGAGAGCCUGGUCCGCAGCACCACCACCCGCGCCGCCAGUCAGGCGGAUGAGGUGAUGGCGCAGAUCUUCCACUCGGUGCCGGGCGAGGGUGACACGCUCGUGCCGGACCCGCUGGGCCGCGGCGUGAUCGACCCCUUCAGCCUGACCAUGGGCAAGCGCUCGAAGAUGGCGCGGCAGGUGCAGCCAGCCAGUGGCGAGAAGGGCCUCAAGGCGACGAUGCGCACGUUCCGGACGGCAAGGCUGGGACCCAGCAAGGCGGCGGGCAGCGCGGCGGGCGGCGCCGACGCGGCAGGCGGCAGCGGCGGGGCAGCUCGUGCGCUGGACGACGAGGCGCGCAAGGUGUUGCCGAACCAGGAGGGCUUCGAGCCGGAGGCCUACCUAGCGGCGUUCCACGGGGACAGCAGCCGGAGCCAAUUGGAAAAGGGGCUGCGGUCGCUUAGCCGGGAGCUGUCGGAGCGGACGGGACAGCUGAAACUGCUGAUCCGCAACAAUUUUGACCGAUUCAUCAAUUGCAAGGACGCCAUUGACGACAUUCACGCCAAGCUGCGUAAGAUGCUGGUGCGCGGUGCUGGGCCCAGCACCGGCCCGGGUGCGCAGUCGGCGGCCGCCGCGGCAGCGGCAGCGCAGCAGGCGGUGGGCACAGACCGCGUCUUCCGGUCUCUGGAGCAGGUGGAAAACAACGCGCGGCGCACGUUCGGCCCCAUCCUGGACCGUGCCGCCAAGGCCGAUCGCAUCCGGGCGGUGGCGGGGCUGCUGCAGCGCUUCGACGCGCUGUUCGCGGCGCCGGCGCGCGUCAUGGAGCUGGCUGGGCGCGGCGAGCUGGAUCAGGUGGUCCGGGAGUACAAGCGCGCCAAUAUGCUCAUCCGCCCCACCGCCACGUCGGCGCGCGUCUGGGUCAGCCUGUAUGCGGAGAUCGAGAAGCGCGUGACGGAGGUGUACCUGGCGGUGCGCCAGCUGGUGGCGGAGCCGCCGCCGGAGCAGGGCCGGCCAAUGGGACAAGACGGUCCCUUGGUUCUGUUCGGCGUGGCGGCAGCAGGUGGCGGUGGAGCGGGCGGCAUCGGCAAACGAGGCGGCGGUGGCGGCGGCGGCGCGGCCGGCGGAGGCGUGGUUGCUGUUGUAGCUGCGGCGGGCGACGAGGGAGGGGCGGAGGCUCAGGGCCAGCAGCGCCUGGCGCAGCUGCCGGACUACCUCGUGUUCCUGGCUUUCGUGCGGCAGGAGAAGCUGCCGGCGGCGCGGGAGGAGGACGCAAUGCGGCUGUACGUUAAAAAGCUGGAGGCGCACGUGAACAGCCGGAUAGAGGCCUGCGACAAGCGGCACACGGAGCAGCUGGAGCUGCUAGUGGCGGCCUGGAUGAAGGCCACUGGCGCCAGCGUGCCCGCCGCCGCCAGCAGCACCGCAGCGGGCGGCAGUGCCACCAGCGCGGCGCCCGGCGGCGUGGCCGCCCUGCAGGCCUCCAUUUCCUCGCUGACGUCAAAGCAGGCUCUGGGGCGAGGCGCUUCGGCCGCGUUGGACGGCGGCGCGGCUGGCGGCGGCGGCGGUGCGGGGACUGGAAGCAAACCCGGCAAGGAGGGUGGCGGCGCUGCUGGCAGGGGCGGGAAUGGGGAGGGCGACGAGGAGGAGGAGGAGCGGGAGGAGGACGGCGAGGACGUUGCGUCGCUAAGCGACUUGGACGAGGAUGCAGAGGCGGCGGAGGCGGCUUUCUUGCAGUGGCAGGGCAGCGUCGGCGCGACGACGGCGUCGCCUUUCGCUGCCGACGCCAGCGCGCCGCCCCUGCCGUACCAUAUCCGGAUAGAAAUGCGACGGCUCGUGCAGGACCCAGGAGGGAGCUACGCCGCCGGUGUGGACGUGCUCUCUGCUGGUCUAGCCGGCGGCGGCGCAGCCGCUGCCUCCGCCGCCGCGGCGGCGGCCGCCGCGGCGGCCAGCGCGGCCGCCAUCGAGCCGCUGCCGACGUCGUCGCUGGCGCCAGAGCCAGUGCUGACGGCGGCGCAGCGGCAGUGGGUGUCGUACGUGUGUGCCGUGUCGGCGACCUUGCUAUGGGCGGUGCCGGGGCUCUGGGCCACGUGCCACAGCGCCAAGUACGGCAAUCAGCCGGACCUGGAAGAGGAUACGCGGGAGGGGCUGGGGCGCGGGCCCUCGCUGGCGCGGCGCUUGGUGGAGGAGCUGUGCGCCAAGUACGCGCAGCGGCUCAAACGUGCGGUACAGUCGCUGUCUCGAGCCGGACCCAUGCAGCCCGGCCUGCCACUCCUGGUCAUGGACGCCUGCCACCUGUGGCGCUCGCUGCGGGCGGUGGGCGUGGGCAGCCGCGCGCUGUCAACACUGCGCGGCGGCGUGAGUGCGGCGCUGGGUUCCCAUGUGGGCGUGCUGGGCGACCACCUGGCGGAGCUGCCUCUGGCGCUGUUCGCCGUAGACGACUUCAGGCUCGACUUGCUUGCGGCGGACCAGCAGCCGGUGACGGUGCUGCCACGACGGCUGGAGGAGGAGGUUGGCGUGGCGCUGCUGCACUACCAGUGGCCGCUGCAGUCAGUGGCGGAGGCGGCAGGCGGCAUGGAGGAGGUGGCGGCAGAGUCCAGCUGGAAACCCAUGCAGAGCUCAGUGCUGGCUUGCUUUUCGCUGCUGAGUGAAGCCUUGGCCGAGUACGCACGCAGCCUGUACGCCGAGGCGGCGGCAGCGGGUGCCGGCGGUAACGGCAACGGCGUGUCCCGCACCAGCACCGCUAAAGGGCUGAAGGCCCUAGACUCCAUAGGGCAGGAUGCGGCCUCCUCGCUUGGGGGCGUGUCAAGCAACAGCAUGGGCGCCGCUUCGGCCUCGGGCGCAGGCUCGCCUGCCCCGGGCUCGCGCAUGUCAGCUGGCGGCUUUGGUAGCAUCAGCAUGGGCGGCAGCGCGGCAGCUGUGGCGGAUGCGUUGGACGCGGGCGGCGGGGAUGGCACGGUGGGCGGCGGCAGUGGCGGCAGCAGCAGCAGCGACGUGCGUGUGCUGCUGGUGAUCAGCAACUCCGCGGUCAUCCGCACACGCGUCAUGCCGGGUGUCAUGGAGCGCUACCGGCGUCUGCUCGCUCCCUCGGCGGAGGCGUCGACCACCUGCCAGCGCCGGCUGCGGGAGCUGACCGGCGCCAUGCGUCGCUCCAACGAGGCGCUGGGGUCCAGCUACCUCGCUCGCAAGGAGGCGGCAGUCAAGGCCGCCGUGCAGCGCUACGUGGCGUCGGAGACGGCGCCCCUGCCGCAGUCGCCUGAGGCGGCGGCGACCGCCGCGACGGCGGCGGUGGUGGCAGCGCCGGGCAUGGAGGGCGGGGCGCGGCGGCCCAAGGCGCAGGCGGCGGCGGAAGCGGCGGAAGCGGCGGAAGCGGCGCUCUUGCCGUACCCCUCUGGCCCCAGUGCCGGCUGCGUGUCGGUGCUGCAGCUGCUGAACUCCAUUCACAACGAGGCCCUUGCGUACAGCCCAAGCAACCUGCGGCCCUUCAUGGUGGCGCUGGCGGAGCACCUGGUGGAGCACCUGGGCAAAGCCUACAGCACCCUGGCUGCCGCCGGCGCCUCGGCCAAGGCAUCCAGCUCGGGCGCGUCGGGCGGCGUGCGUGUGGAGCAGCUACUGCAGCUGUGGGCGGACCUGCAGUUCCUGGCGGCGGCGCUGCGGCCGCUGCUGUCGGAGGGGCUGGCCGACGAGCUGGAGGAGGGCAAGGUCGUGCUGGCGUCGGCUGUGGCCUCGCGGCAGCGCUCACGCCGCUACCGGCCUGCCUCAGAGCUGGCUGCGGACGUGGCGGGCGCGGGCGAGGCCGAGGCGUGCAGCGCACGGUUGCAGGAGCUGUUGGGCGAGGAGGUGGACACGUGGCUGCGGAGGUACGCACUAAACGUGCGCUGCUUCACGGCCGCCGCGGCGUUAGCUGGCUCCAGCGCCGGCGGCGGCGCCUCGGCGGUUGCUAAGCCCGCAGCAGGGAUGGCCUCGGCCGGAGCCCAGGUGGGCCCUGGGUCCAGCGGUAGCGAGCAGGCGUCAGCUGCGGUCAAGGCGCGAGAUACGGGUAGCGCCAGCAUCGCGCCUAGCGCAACCACUCGGCGGGAAGCGCGGGCGGAAAUGACGCCCAGUGUGCCCGCAGCCUCUGGCGACGGCAGCAGGCGUGAGCGUGAGCGGGUUGCGAGCGGGGCUGACGUCGGGCAAGGGGUCUCUGCGCAAUCGUCCUUGCGCUCGGAUGCCGCAUCGCGAGCAGCGGCAGCGCUUGAGGCCGCGGCGGCUGCCAAGGCUCGGCGUGCGCGGCGUGCAGCCGCUGAAGAUAUUUUGUAAGAGACCUGAACAUGGCCAUGGACGACUUGCAAGGUCGAUUGAAGGACUCAUGUUCACAAGGUGACACGGAACCACGCAGGGCGGAUAAUUGCAUGUGUAGCUCAGUAGGACCGUAGGUGUUGGUUUGGAAAGUGGCCAUGAACAUGUGAGACAUCAGGUACUCACAUGUGUGUGGAUUGCGGUACUGGUAAAGGGGCCAAAUAAUCGUUUGCGCGGGGCCGACGUUGUCCCAUGUUGGUUUGGCGCCUGGGUUGGGCGUAACUUGUUUCACGGGACCCAGCUAUAUCAGCCACGCUGCCACAGGACUACGCCAACCUGCCCCUUGCCCUGUCCCAUCGCACUCAAAUGGACGUAAAUGUGCCGCCGCUGCUCAAUUGCACCGAUCAUCAACACAUGACCUCAAAUGGUUUCUGGCUUAUGCAA